AUGGACACAUCAAGAGUCUAUGGCAGUGUAAAGACAGUUAAGACCCCAGGGAAUAAGUAUGCAUCACCCCCAUCUCUUCCCUCAGAUGCCUGUCAGUGCCCACACUGGCAUCGGUUGGCUCUGAAACUCAGCUGUGCUGGACUGAUCUUUCUUUUCUUGAGCCUGAUUGGACUCAGUGUCUUAGUGCGAUUCUUAGUGCAAAAAACACCAAUAGAAAGAUACAGUGUGGCUGCUCAAGAGAACAGGACCAAAUCAACAGGGAGAUCAACCAUACUAACAUGCCUGAGACAUUGGCAUUCAUACCGGGAUAAAUGCUUAUUUAUGUCUCAAACUUCUGGGCCUUGGGCUGAAGGUCUAGCUGACUGCUCUGUGAAAGAAGCCACUUUGCUGCUCAUUGAAGAUGAAGAAGAAUUGAGAUUCAUUCAUGAUUUCUCAAAGAGAAAAGGACAGCAAUUUUUUAUUGGACUAAAUUAUUUAUCAGCAGAGAAGAUGUGGAAGUGGAUAAAUGGCUCUAUUUUAAAUCCUGAUUUAUUACGAAUCAUGGGCACUGACGAAGAAAACAGCUGUGCGGUCAUCUCACAGACAGAAGUGUUUUCUGACUUCUGUUCUGCAGACAACCGUUGGAUCUGCCAAAAGAAGCUGAAGCAUGAAUGGAAUCCUGGGUCCUGACUCCUGAUUUCAAAUCUCAUCUCUAUUACUUUACCAUCCACACCCGAUCUCUGCAUUGAACUGUCAGUGCUGUCGGCCCUCCCAGUGCAGUUAGAGGCACAGAGCAUGGACUAUAAAACCACCACGACUCUUACAGCUGCUCACUUCCAAUUUCUUUAUUCUGUAAAUGUGAAUGUACACAGACACGGAUGGGCCAUUCUAAGAGAGGUGUUCUAUAUAGAUGGAGGCCCAGGCCAGCAGGGGCACUGGAAGCCUUGGGUGGCCUUUGUUGAUGUCUGUGCGUGAGGUCAUCUGAAGAUGGUUGCAGAAAAUUGUUUGCAAAGUCCUCAUCUCUACCCUCCAUCCCAAGCUAUCUCACAUCUGGGCUACAGAUCAAAAGUCUUUGCUCUUGACCCUGACACCAGAGGCCCAUAGUUAAGGAGUUUGGCAAGGGAAGAGUUUGUUUUGAUUGAGACCUCCAAAUUAAUCAAUUAAUAAUUGACUAAUGUUCUGAUAAUGAGAGUGACUCUAGGUAAACUGAGCUCUGUCCAUGUGAUGCCUCUUACCCUGUGGUGAUGUACCAGAAGAACCUGGGCAGAUGCUGGUGCUUGGCCCUGGGCUAGUCAGUCUCCAGAGCUGUGAGACAGGAAGGUCUCUUCUCCUUCAAUUUCCUGUGAUGGCAACAAAA